GAGCAGGUCUCCAAAGACAACACUAAAAGCGCUUCAAACAAACUGAGUAGUUCACCCGGCGCUCGGCUUUUCCCCAUCCAAUACGACGGCAAAGUUAAGUUACAUGUACCAGUAGAACCAGUUUCACCACACAGUAGAUUCCUGACAAUCAGUGGAAAGUCACCAACGCGUGUCUGCAGUUUUCUGUCAUUAUGCGUCCGCCAGUUGGAAUAGUCACAAGUUUGAACAAAUACUUCGCUUGACUAAAAUGUGACAAACAACUUGAUGCAUGGAAUGAAUUUACUUGCAUUCUUUGUUGCGGCCGUGCAAAUACACAGCGUGACGCCUGUCAUUCACACGCUCAAUUAUUUCAUGACGGCUUCUCGAAAUGGGAGGCUACCACAGUACAUGGAGGUGGUGUAUGUUGACGACGUUCAGAUUCUGCAGUUUGACAGCAACCACAGGAAAAUGAAAGUGAAACAUGACUGGGUGAACAAAAUCACUGAAGAUGAUCCAUACUUCCGGAAGAGAGAGAUGGACAUCAGUUAUGGGACUGAGCAGGACAUGAAAAACAAGAUUGAAAUUGCUAAAAAGCACUUCAACCAAACUGGAGGUGUUCACAUGAUUCAGCUAAUGUACGUCUGUGAAUGGGAUGAUGAGACGGGUGAAGUUGAUGCUUGGGAGCAAUACUGUUACGAUGGAGAAUACUUCCUAUCAUUUGAGGGGAAGACGAUGAAGUGGAUCGCAGCAAAUCUACAAGCUUUCAGUACCAAAAUCAAGUGGGACCAAAUAGAUGGGCUUAAUAAAACCAAGAAGAAUGUUUUCACUCAGGAGUGUCCUUCUUAUUUGAAGACGCAUUUGAGGAACGGGAGGGACUUCCUGACGAGAACCGAGCUUCCCAAGGUGUUUCUCCUGCAGAAGACGCCUUCCUCUCCGGUCACCUGCCACGCCACGGGUUUUUACCCCAGGACAUCGACCCUCUUUUGGAGGAAGAACGGCGAGGAGAUCCACAAGGACGUGGAGAUGGGGGAGACCCUCCCCAACCACGACGGAACCUUCCAGACCUCGGCCCACCUGAAAGUGGAGGUGACGACCGCCGCGGAGCAGGAGUACGAAUGCGUGUUCCGGUUGGCCGGCGUCUCGGAAGACAUCGUCAUCAAGCUGGACGCCGGAAGCAUCCUGAGCAACUGGCGCAUCCUGGAGCAAGACAAGAAGAAGGCCAUGAACAUGCUAUUUAUAGUCAUCAGUCUGGUGGUGAUAGCCAUGCAUUUGGUGGAGGUGGUUUUCUGCAAGCAUCUCAAAAGGAAACAAGCUGACAACUCUCAAGCUUGUAAAGAGGAAAAGCCAAAAAGGGAAGAAGAAAAUGUCCUGCAGGAUCUGGUGAGGCAUUUUGACCGAACCGUGCUGCUGAUCACCCACAACCUGAAGACUAUCGAGGGCGAUCAGAUUGCGGGCGGAAAAUACGGUUACUCUAAACUGAGAGAGAAGUUUGCCAUCGCUGGAAGCUAA